AUGGAUGGGUCUACGUUCAGAGACCACCUCUAUAAACAUCAUCAACAAAAGCCCAAUUGCCCUCGAUGUCGCCGUCUCUUUGAUAAUGAGGCCGAUCUGUCAGAUCAUGCUCAAUUAGAGGUUUCAUGUAUCCCUGCCAGACAUGCCGUUAUCGAGGGCUUCGAUAAAUCCCAGUUGGAAAGGCUCAAAUGCCGGAAGAGACCACGGGACCCGUUGUCAGAGGAGGACAAAUGGAAGAACAUCUACCGCAUCCUCUUCCCGCAUUGUACAGUCACCCCUGAUCCAUUUUACAGGAUACAGCUCGAGCACAGGCCUGUAGAACACAGUGAUAUUGAUAGAAUCUUCGCACAUGAAGAUAAUUCAAGCCACGGAGAACAACUCUUUCACGAGCUAGAGAAGGUUAUCGGAGUACCCUUCAACGCUGUGAGGAGACGCAAAGUACUUGCCCUCCUCAAGACCUAUACCCAGAACAAGCUGGGAGGGCUGAAGGAAAACCAAUUGCACUUGGAAUCCGCCGACGCUACGUCAGAGAGAACCACUCAGUCUUUGGUUUUAGACAAGGACUUUCAACCAAGUAAAGUCGAGGAUCUUACUGAGUCACUCGCGCAAGGCAAGCCUGCCGAUCCACUACGACCGGAAGGCGGCGACGGGGCUGAAGACGUUUCUGCUAUUGAGAUUCUCCCUGCAACGUUGGGCGUUCUAAAUCACAACAAUCCCACGCAGACGCUGUACUUUGAUCAGUACUCUUGGGCGGAACCGUUGCAAGCGGUUGAAUGUGACUGGGAUGACGGAGCUAUCGAUGGGCUAUUCGACAUUCCGUCUAGCGGGCACUUGAACGUUGCCACUGCUUACCUCGGAAACGCAACCGCUAGAGGGGGAGAGUAUCCAGUAUGCGUUGGACUUGGGAAGUUGGCGACCUCGAAUCGUUCAACGAACGAGCCUAUGAGAUAUGAUAUGGAGGGAGAUGGAAGUAACAAGAACGUGCAGAUUGGUAAUGAUGCUGGUGAGGCAAAUGUCUUCGGCACAUUAGACUUUUAG